AUGGCAGCUACCAUGAAAUUGGCAACUAGCAUUUUUCGUCCUGGUCUUUUUGCUGGAAAAACGGCUAUUGUCACUGGAGGAGGGACAGGAAUAGGCCUUGGAAUCACAAAAGAGUUACUUCAUCUAGGAUGUAAAGUCAUGAUCGCAUCCAGGAAAGAGGAGCGUCUAAAGGAAUCCAUGACCAAAAUAAAGAACUGGCUACAACCAGAAAAUGUUGAGCACAUCCAGAUGACACUGUGUAACAUACGGAAAGAAGAGGAGGUAAAGAAAUUAAUGUCCCACACAAUCGCUACCUUUGGAGGAAUAGAUUAUCUCGUCAAUAAUGGUGGAGGACAGUUCAUUGCGCCCAUGGAGAAUGUCAGCUUAAAAGGAUGGAACGCUAUCGUGGAGACAAAUUUGACAGGGACGUUCUUGUGCAUAAGGGAAGCUUUUAAUCAAUGGAUGCAGCAGCAUGGUGGAGCAAUGGUCAACAUCACAAUGGACCUAUGGAGAGGUUUCCCAGGUUUUGCGGCAUCGUCUGCGGCCAGAGCAGGCAUUGACAAUCUUACCAAAUCUCUUGCCAUGGAGUGGGCUCCCUCUGGUGUCAGGAUUAAUUCGUUAGCACCUGGCACUAUCUACUCCGAGACAGCGGCUGCUAAUUACCCAGACCCCAACAUGUUUAAUGAUAUCAUCCCGACUAUUCCCGCUAAAAGACUUGGAACAGUUGAAGAGGUCGCAUCAGCCGCCUGCUUCUUAUUGUCACCUGGUGCUUCAUUCAUCACAGGAGAAUCGCUCAAGGUUGAUGGAGGUCAAUGUUUGUACCGAGUAUCAUGGGAAAUUCCAGACCAUGAUAGUAUGCCAGUGUACAAAUGGCAAGAAAAGUCCAAAGAAGAAGAUAAAGACAAACCAAAGGCGAAACUGUGAUGAGCAGAUGUACUUUUACUGGGAAAAGAAAGACAAUUUCUCCUCUUUGUUGUCAAGGUGGAGAACCAGUGAUACAUGGACUUGACCAUAGCAGUCACCCUCAAGCCUUGUUACCCUUUCUAAAGACUAAGUUGUAGUGGCCAAAUUACUUUCAUGACUUGCAUUUUUUGCAAAUUUUACACUAGUUUGCUGUCUAAGUUUUAUUUAUUCUGGGAAAUGGUGAUUUCAGCCUUCAUGACGUGUAGAGCAUACCAUAAACAUGUAUCAAGCAUGUGUGAAAGAUUAUAACUCCAUUCCAUCAAAUGCGCAUGCCACCUCCAGGUUUCUAUCAGGCACCCCUUCUACUUUUUAACUUUUCAUCAGUUGAGCUUAUAUAGAAAGAUUUUGAAGUUAUGAAUGAUUUUAUACCAGACAAUUUUGUAUACACUGGUACAGGUUGAUUAUGAUUAUAUUCAAAUUAGUUAAAAUAUUAGUUAUAACUUCUAAGCCGAUCAAAA